AUGAGUACCAUCCAGCGCGAGGGCAGCUCUGAACAUGACGGAUCUAUCAAAAAGCAAGACAUUGAAAUAGAGGAGACAAGAGUUGCCUGCCAGGAUAACACAAGUAACAGUGAUGAGGAGAAGAGUUUGGUGAUCUCCGUCCAGGAACGGAAGCUGGUUCGGAAGCUUGAUAAACGCAUUUUACCAAUCAUUUGCUUGAUGUACCUCUUUGCUUUCCUGGACAGAUCAAAUCUGGGCAAUGCGCGUCUGCAAGGACUACCUGAAGAUACUCUCCAUGGCGAUCCGACAGGGAAACUGUAUAACUGGGUUUUCUCGGCUUUCUUCUUCUCCUAUAUCCUUUGCCAAGUUCCCCUGGUCAUAACGUCCAAGUUCUUUCCGCCUCGUCGCUGGCUUGGAUUGGCAGUUAUUGGAUGGGGAAUUUGUUCGACACUCAUGGCCACAGGAUUCAACUUUACUGGCUUGUUCAUUGAUCGUGUCAUGCUUGGCGCAUUUGAAGCCGCCUCUGGCCCGAUAAUACCGCUUUAUCUUUCGUACUUUUAUACCAAGCACGAAAUCGGUUUACGGCUUGCGUAUUAUCAGACUUUCUCCGCUAUUGCAGGUGUAUGCGGCGGAUUCAUCGCUUUCGGAAUCCAAAACGCGAAUAUAGCGAUUGCGAAUUGGCGUCUCCUAUUCAUAGUCGAGGGAGUCCCUGGGAUGCUCAUGGGAGUAAUUGCUCUUUUCGCCCUGCCGGACAGACCAGAAAUGACGCAUUUCUUUACGGAAGACGAGCGGAGACUAGCAAUGGAACGCCGGACACGCUCGAUCAGCGGAGACGUCGGAUUCACGGUGAACAAAUCUCACAUUCGGGCUGGUUUCAAAGAUUGGAGGGUGUACAUUGGCGGUGUAGUAUUUUUCGGGAUAAACUGCUCGUUUGCAUCUAUUUCGGCCUUCCUGCCUACUAUUAUCAAGACUUUCGGUUUCACAAAUGCGCUUGCUCAAUUGCUCACCGUCCCGCCUUAUGCCGUAGCCGCCAUUGUAAUGAUACUUACGUCUUAUACUUCCGAUCGGAUCCAGAAUAGGGGCCUUCUUAUGUCCGUCGCAAAUGCAGUUUGCGCGAUUGGAUAUUUGAUUCUAUUGGUCGAAAGGACAAAUCAACAUGUUCGUUACUUCGCUGUGUUUUGUAUCACUAGCGGGGUGUUCGCCGCUAUUGGGCUCAUAAUAGCGUGGUAUGCCCACAAUCUUGGUUCGGAAACCAAGCGUGCGACAGGCAUUCCUCUGUUCAUGGCGAUCGGCCAAUGCGGGAGUAUCCUUGGUUCGCAGAUAUUUCCGUCAACGGAAGGGCCACUGUACAUACGAGGAUUCGCUGUGACCUGCGGUCUUGAAUUUCUUGCUGCCAUCUGUUCCUUCGUCUUGUCGAUUUCAUACUUCCUAGAUAAUCGUCGACGUGAUCGCCUCUAUGGAAAACCGAAGCCAGAUGCAAAGGUCGAUACGAGUGAAUUAGCCGAUAAGGCACCUAUGUUCAGAUAUGUGCCUUGA